UAGAACCAAACAUAUACCUCCGAAGUUUUUCUCGUACACGCAAGAGCUCGAGAAGAAUAAGGAGAUUGAAGUAAGAUAUGUUCGAUCAUGCGACAAUGCAGCUGACCUCUUCACAAAAUCACUACCUACCUCGGUAUUCAGAAAACAUGUCCACAACAUUGGAAUGCGCCAUCAAAAGAAUCUAUGACUGCUCAUUCGAGGGGGAGCUUACGUAGUUGUACUCUUUUUACCUUACUAUGGUUUUUCCCAUUGGGUUUUCCUGGAAAGGUUUUUAACGAGGCAACAAAGACGUUAAGCGAGAAUGGAUAGUGACACCGGUCCCCAAGGGGGAGUGUUAUGAAAGCAGCCGCUUUCGUUGAAAAUAUAAAAAGAUGUGGAGCCCGCUGCACUAUUUGUACAGUGAAAUCCUACUUUUUAACUUCUAUAUAAACGAUCGAUUCGAUCGUUUAUAAUACACACCUCAAACACUUCUCUUCUCUCUAAUAAAAAAUUCUCUCUCUAUAUGAGUGUUAUUUCUUUCUACGGGUAUAAAAUUUUGCCCUUAUUUAAAUUUCUGCUAUACAAUAAAAUUCUGAUUCUUUUUAUAACAGUUAUUUUAAUUUAGCAGUUGACACUUUGUGAGUUUAGUUUAUUCUAAGCAAGAAUACUUUUCAACGUCCACUUGAUUAUCUGAAAACAUAUUAAUAUUUCAGGAACUUGACACGAUGUUGGUAUCAAACUCCUCAAAGAAUUUGAGAAAAUGGAGAGGCAUCUUCAUGGAGUUUUGUAUGUCUUCAUUAUCACAUUUUCUCUUAUACAUUUUGUGCAAACGCAGGAUCAAAAAGGAUUCAUCACUUUGGAUUGUGGCUUGUCACCUGAUGGGUCUCCGUACACCGAUCCAUCUACUGGAUUAACAUUCACCUCAGAUGCUAGUUUCGUCGAGAGUGGAAAGAACGGUCGAGUUGAUAAGGAUUCUGAGAGAAACUUCGAAAAGGCCUUUGUAACGCUGAGAUACUUUCCAGAAGGACAACGGAAUUGUUAUAACGUGGAGACCACGCAAGGAACGAAAUAUCUUAUUAGAGCUUCUUUUUUUUAUGGAAAUUAUGACGGUCUUCAAACUCUCCCAAACUUUGAUCUGUUUCUUGGCCCUAAUAAGUGGACAACUGUGAAUUUGAAUGCUACUGUACCAGGUGGUCAGUAUAGGGAGAUUAUUCACAUGUCCAAGUUAAGCUCUUUGCAGAUCUGCCUUGUUAAGACUGGAACAACUACGCCGAUGAUAUCAACCUUGGAGCUACGGCCACUGAGAAGUGAUAUCUACAUUAGUGACACUGGGAGCUCCUUGCAGUUCUUAUCAAGAACUUAUCUUAAAGGUUCUGGUAGCAUUUUACGGUACCCUGAUGAUGUCUAUGACCGUAGGUGGUUCCCAUUGGUGAAGAAGGAUUGGAAUUUAAUAACUACAACACUCAAUGUAAACACUUCUAAUGGUUUUGAUCCGCCUCAAGGUGCAAUGGCCUCAGCUGCAACCUAUGUAAAUGAUAAUGGGACGUGGGAUAUUCCUUGGAACAUGGAGGAUUCUACAACACGGUUUCACAUUUACCUUCACUUUGCAGAGAUUCAAACUCUGUUAGCCAAUGAGACCAGAGAAUUCAGCGUUUUGCUGAAUGGAAAUGAAUUUUCUAAACCUUUUAGUCCUAAAAUGUUAGGCAUUGUAACUAUGAUAACUCAACCCGAAUCGACAUUGAGAUGCGAAAGUGGGGCUUGCCUUUUGCAGCUGGUGAAAACAACAAAGUCAACUCUUCCUCCUCUCCUCAAUGCUAUGGAGAUUUUUACUGUUGUUGAACUUCCUCAGCCAGAAACAAACCAAGAUGAAGUGGUUGCUAUCAAUAAGAUCCAAAGUGCUUACGGAUUGAGUAGAGUUAGCUGGCAAGGAGAUCCAUGUGUCCCCAGAGAGUUCUUGUGGGCUGGUCUAAACUGUAACAACACAGAUACUUCCACUCCACCAACAAUCACUUCCUUAAACUUAUCUUCAAGUGGAUUGACCGAUAUAAUUAUGCCUGCCAUUCAGAAUCUAACCAAUCUACAAGAACUAGACUUAUCAAACAACAGCUUGAACGGUGAUGUGCCUGAAUUUCUAGCUGACAUGAAAUCUCUUUUUAUCAUAAACUUAAGUGGAAACAAUCUUAGUGGCCAAGUUCCUCAAAAGCUUCUACAAAAGAAAGGACUGAAGCUGAAUUUUGAAGGCAACCCUAACCUUAAUUGCACAGAAAGUUCAUGUGUAAAUAAACCUAGAGAAAGUGGGCAUCCCAAAAAGAGUAUAAUUGUACCAGUUGUUGCAUCAGUUGCUUCAAUGGUUAUUAUUGGAAGUGCAUUGGUUACAUUCUUUGUUCUCAAAAGGAAAAAAACAUCAAACAAUAGAGAAAAGGGUAGACGAACACCGAGACCGGAGCCACCGAAAAUAACGAAAAAGAAAAGAUUUAGUUACGCAGAGGUUACUGAAAUGACAAAUAACUUUGAAAGGAUUCUUGGGAGAGGAGGAUUCGGCAUGGUUUAUCAUGGAUAUGUUAAUGGUACAGAACAAGUUGCUGUUAAAGUAGUCUCUCAGGGAUCAGAUCAGGGGCACAAACAAUUCAAGGCAGAGGUUGAUCUUCUUCUGAGAGUUCAUCACAAGAAUUUGGUAGGCCUGGUUGGAUAUUGCGAAAAAGGGAAGGACUUGGUUCUCGUAUACGAAUACAUGUCCAAUGGAGACUUGAAAGAGGUUUUGUCCGGAAAGCAUCACUCCUCUGUUUUAAGGUGGGGAACCAGACUAAAAAUAGCGGUAGAUGCUGCACAAGGGUUGGAGUAUUUGUAUAAAGGAUGCAGACCACCAAUUGUUCAUAGAGAUGUAAAAACAGCAAAUAUAUUGCUGGACGAACACUUCCAAGCCAAAAUUGCCGAUUUUGGGCUUUCUAAAUCAUUCCCAAACGAUGGAGAAAGCCAUGUAUCCACAGUCGUUGCAGGAACUCUUGGUUACCUUGAUCCAGAAUACUACAACACAAAUUGGUUGACUGAAAAAAGUGAUGUAUAUAGUUUUGGGGUCGUUUUAUUGGAGAUUAUAACAAAUUUGCCAUUGAUUGACCAGCGUCGUGAAACACCAUACAUAGCAGAAUGGGUGGGAUUAAUGGUCACCAAAGGAGAUAUUAAAAGCAUUAUAGAUCCAAGACUUAAAGACGAUUACCACUCUGAUUCUGUUUGGAAAUUUGUUGAGCUAGCAAUGGCUUGUGUCAAUUUUUCUUCAGCGAGUAGACCGACCAUGUCUCAAGUUGUUAUUGAGCUAAUUGAAUGUUUAACACUUGAAAACUCAAGAGGCGGAACGAGUUGUGACAUGGAAUCCAGGGGUUCAAGAGAAGUGACCAUGACAUUUGGAACUGAAGUGAACCCCACGGCUCGCUAG